AUGUCUUUAAAAAUUUUAAUAGGCAGUUAUAAUGUAAAUAAAACUCUGAUUAAUCAAGAUUUAUCAAAUUGGUUAUUUUCUUUGUGGAAUUCAUCUGUUGACACCACUAAUGUCUUCUCUUCUAAUAUACCCGACAUAAUAGUAAUAGGUUUUCAAGAGUUAGUUCCUUUUCCCGAUGCAUUUUUUGGUGUUGAUAAAGAUCUUUUAGAUCAUUAUUCACACCUUAUAGAGCGAGCAAUAGUUAAUUGUAAUAAAGAAGGUUAUACACAAGUAGUUAAAACUUCUUUUGUGGGACUGGCUUUAUUCAUCUAUUUUCGAGAUUUGACAGCUGUCACUUUGAUUCGUUCUGUUGAUGUGGAGGAGGUGGGAGUUGGACCGUUAUGGAUUGGGAAUAAGGGAGCUUUGGCAGCCAGAAUAAUUAUUAAUAGUGGUGGAGAUGGCGACGAGAAGGAUAUUUCAUUAUGUUUUGUAUGUGCACAUUUGGCGCCACAUGAUUAUAAUAUAUCAGCAAGGAAUGCGGAUUUUAAAAGCAUAUACUAUUUAUUUUUUUUUGGUGAUUUAAAUUAUAGAAUAAGCACUACCACUAUUUAUCAUCAACAACAAUUAUUAGAACUACCUACAUAUUCAAAAGUAAUAGAACAUAUAGAAACACAACAACUUGAUCAGAUUAAACCGUUUGAUCAAUUGACCAUUGAAAAAUUAAAUAAUCGAAUUUUUCAUGGUUUCGAGGAAGGUGACAUCGAUUUUCCACCGACAUAUAAAUUUAUUAUUGGAAGCGAUAACAAGUAUGAUAUGAAACGAGUACCUGGAUGGUGUGAUAGAAUUUUGUAUUUUUGGCACCAAGAAAAAAUAAUAGGCGGAGGAAUAGAGAAUGAAGGAGGAGGAGAAGCUGGAAGAUUAGCGUUUAAAGAAGGAAGUAACCAUUUGUCCAAGAAGAAUGAGAAUGAGAAUAGUAAUAGUAAUAAGGAAGAACCUAUUAUUAAACUAGAAUAUUAUAAUUCUAAUAGAAAUUAUACAUUUUCAGAUCACAAGCCAAUAAUAGCAUUAUUUACUAUAAAAACAAUAUUAUCACCACCAGAGAAAAAGCAGCAGAUUAGAAGAACGUCUUCAUCACCAUAUGAAUUUGAUUCUUGGAAAAUUUUUAAAUCUAAUUUUGGUAAAAUAUCUGCUAAAAUUGUUGGAUAUGCUUGGUGGUUAUUUGGAACUAGAAAGGAAAUAGCAACAGGAAAAAUAGUUGCACUCAAACAAAUUAGACUACACUUUGAGCAAGAAGGAGUUCCGCCAACGUCACUUCGUGAAAUUUCAUUGUUAAAAGAAGCUAAGGAUCAUCAAAAUAUGGUCAAAUUAUUAGACAUUGUCAAUCAAGAAAAAAAGUUAUUGUUGAAAUUCAUGUUUCAAUUGGUUGACGGAGUUUUAUAUUUACAUUCACGUCGAAUUUUUCAUCGUGAUCUAAAACCUCAAAAUUUAUUGAUUACUGCGGAUGAUAAUUUGAAAAUAGCUGAUUUUGGUUUGGCAAGAGCAAUCGGUGUUCCAAUGAGGCCUUAUACACAUCAGGUAAUAACAUUAUGGUAUAGAGCUCCAGAGUUAUUGCUUGGAGCAUCACAUUAUAGUUAUUCUGUUGAUAUGUGGAGUGUUGGCUGUGUUUUUGCUGAAAUGUAUAAUCUAACGCCAAUAUUUGCAGGAGAUUGUGAAAUCGGUGAACUAUUCAAAAUCUUUAUGAUACUUGGAACCCCAAAUGAAAAAACUUGGCCAGAGCUCAAAUUUUUUAACGAUUAUCAACAAGGUUUUCCACAAUGGUGCCCACAGCCUUUAAAUGAGUUAGUUCCUAGAAUGGAUCAUCUUGCUAUUGACUUACUUCAGAAAUUGUUUUUGUAUGAUACAAGAGAACGUAUUUCAGCAAAACACAGUGAUUAUACAAAAUAUUGGAUUGAUUGGUUUUUGUCUACAAAAGGAAAUGAAUAUUUUUGUGAAGUUGAUGAAGAGUAUAUACUUGAUCGAUUUAAUCUAACAGGCCUGAACUCUGAAGUUCAACAUUAUGUCCAAGCACUUGACUUAAUAACUGAUUCUUUAGAGGAAGAAUUAGAUGAUGAAAUGCGUGAAGCUGUUGAAAAAUCUGCCCGACAUUUAUACGGUUUGAUUCAUGCUAGAUUCAUUAUUACUAACCGAGGCUUAGGAAAAAUGCUUGAAAAAUACAAAAAAGCCGAUUUUGGACGAUGCCCACGAGUUCUUUGUCACAACCAACCACUCUUACCAGUUGGACUUUCAGAUCAACCUUAUACAAAAUCGGUAAAACUAUAUUGUCCAAGAUGUGAAGACAUUUAUAAUCCAAAAUCAACAAGACAUGCAAGCAUCGAUGGCGCAUAUUAUGGAUCAACAUUCCCUCAUAUGCUCUUCCAAGUUUAUCCACAUUUAUUGCCACAAAAAACUAAUGAACGAUACAUACCAAAGAUUUUCGGAUUUAAAAUUCAUGAUAUAGCAAAGCAACAUCGCUGGCAAGAUCAACAAAGAGAAGAACAAUUAAGAAGGAUCACUGAAAUUAGACUUGGUGGACGUAGGUAA